UUUCGCAGCGCGAGCUUCACUGUCAUGGCUCGCACGAAGCAGACGGCGCGCAAGUCGACGGGCGGCAAGGCCCCGCGCAAGCAGCUGGCCACCAAGGCGGCCCGCAAGAGCGCGCCGGCCACCGGCGGCGUCAAGAAGCCGCACCGCUACCGGCCCGGCACGGUGGCCCUGCGCGAGAUCCGCCGCUACCAGAAGUCCACCGAGCUGCUGAUCCGCAAGCUGCCGUUCCAGCGGCUGGUGCGCGAGAUCGCGCAGGACUUCAAGACCGACCUGCGCUUCCAGAGCUCGGCCGUGAUGGCGCUGCAGGAGGCGUGCGAGGCCUACCUGGUGGGGCUCUUCGAGGACACCAACCUGUGCGCCAUCCACGCCAAGCGCGUCACCAUCAUGCCCAAGGACAUCCAGCUGGCGCGCCGCAUCCGCGGGGAGCGGGCGUAAACUUCUCCCGUAGCUGGUCCGGCCGCCCUCGCUUCCUCCCCCCUCCCCCAAAGGCUCUUUUCAGAGCCACUUCUGUUUUCACGGAGAGAAGCUGUGUACUCCGGCCUGCUACUGACUUAAAAGUACAGACUUCGUGGAAGAGAGCAGGGAGGUGGGUUCGGCGUACCGCAGUUUCUCCAGCAGCUAGUGUCGCUUCGCCUUCUGCUAAAUACGUUUAGUGGCGGAGGCCUUUGCGUACUGGGUUCGUCUUCUAUUAAUACUUCAGAAAGCUGUUCCUUAAUAGACGGUUUAUCUAAAAAGACUGCAGAGACCAAGUUACCGUUUGAUCCUUUAAGUACUCCAGAUGUAAAAAUAGAAAACCUUCAGGAAAGAAACUUUGCCACCAGUUAAAGCAAGAUUCAGCAUAGAUACGGUACCUCCCGCCCCAUCUACAAUCCGGGAGUGGAGGUCGGUGCAAUUCGGUGUAUCCCCUGCACGCGGGAGGACAACUUAUUUGCACGUUGAAGUUCUUCCAUGGAGUUGAAAGAUUUGAGUUGUCCAGGUUCCCAGGACGUGGCGGGUGCCGCCAGGUUAAAAUCGGGCACUGCUAGUGUUUUGCCUAGAACCUAGCAGGCGUGCAGGCCUCACGUUUUCUUACCGAUAUUCCAUUCCCUUUAUACAGCUCCAAAAAAGCAAAAAGCCGGAAUUUGGCUGAGGCCGUAGCUCUGUUUGCCAAACAAAUGAGCUUCGUGUUCAGACCAUUCUCGUGGCAUUUCUCAUUGCUUAGCACUAACAUCUGGUAACUGUAGGAUAAAGCUCAGGAAUGUUUACUCUCCUCCACACACAUGCUAAGAAAAGAUACUCUAAGUUCAGCGCAUUGGCCCUCUGGUCCUCGUCUGCCAGCUUCUGGGGGCCUGGCACCGGAGGCCUGGAGGCCAACCACCCCACUCUUCUCUCCCCAUAAAACAUACAUGUCAUGAGGCCAGAGUUUUUUCUGUUUACUGUCCUAUCCCUGGGAUAGUAAAAGCCUGAUACACGGCAGGUGCUAAUUAAAUCCUCGUUGAACGAAUGUAUUGCUGAUUUUGAGGUCUUUUCCACCCAAGAUAGCUCCAUUCAGCCCUAGGCGGUUACCGUGCUCACCGCCACCGGCAUUGCCCCUGUCAUCCUGCGUGGAAUCACCACUAUUGUGAUUCCCACGGUGCGUAGAGAAAAUACUGACAACUAUAGAAAGCUUGACAGUGUCCAAAGUAUCUUUGCAUAUCUUUUUGGAUGUGAACCUGACUGUAGCUGGGGUGUGGACAGGGCCUCUCACUACUGCUUCACUAGCUCUAGAAACGUUUAUCUUUUCCAUAAGUACCCAAGUAUUAGGGGGCAAAGCUGGUAGAUCUGACUAAGAGUCUUUCAAUAAACCCUAGGAUGGAAGAUCUGGAUAAGCCUCCAAUGGCUGCAGGAAAAUAAAGAAUUAAUUUUUUAAAAAGAAAAGCAAAGCUAGGGGCAGGAAAGCCUAUUUUCCUUUAGGCAAAACGGCUCAGGGCAGAAGUCAGGUUGUUUUGAUAUCUUCCAGGUCCUCCCACAGGACACCUGCUGGGAUCGGAAGGGGGGGGGUGUCUAUGGAAGAGUGUCUAUGGAACAGUGAGGAAUAUUCUGUUGGAAGGCUAAGUUUGGGCAUAGAAAAGGUGGUUUUAGGACACGUUCAAAAAUUCUUUGAUACUCUUACCUUCAAAAAAUGGAGCCUAAUUCCUCUCCCCUUGAGUUUGGACUGGAUUUGGUUAGGGACUGGCUUCUAGUGAAUGGGAUAAAGCAAAGGCAUGAAGCCAAAGUAAUGGGGAGCUAUUUGGAGACGAGGUCACAGGUCCUGUCCUCCUUGCUCUCUCUCCCGUCACUUGCCCUGGGGGACCCUGGCUGCCGUGUUGGGAGGACAUGCAGGCAGCCCACGGAACUGACGCCUCCUCCAACAUUCCAUGAACAACUCCCAACAGCCACGGGAGCCCCAGCCAUCUCCGGCCCCAGUCAAGCCUCAAGUGACCAUGGCCCCUGUGGACAGCUUGACUCUUCUUGAGAGACCCUGAACCAGACCACCCAGCUAAACCACCGUUUUCUGACCUCCAGAAACUGUGUGAAAUAAUACAUUUUUUGUUAAGUUUUGGGGUAAUUCAUUACACAACAGUGAGUAACCAACGCAUUGGGGGAAAAAAAAAACAGAAGUUAGUGGUCACCCAAUGGACCCCAUCAGUCUAGACGAGAUGACCACACCCCACAGCUCUGCGCCAUAGCCACUACCCGGCCGGCAGCAGGAUUUUCUUUUGCUGUUGUCCAGAGAGGCUGGAGACUUUGUGCCCCAAAGAUUCAGAAGGAAGAUGAAGUCUUUGGUUCCUCAGGUAGGGCUGCUUUGAAGGAUACAGAUGGGCCAAUCUCCAAGCACUCCUCUUUCUCUCCUUGUUGCUAACUUCAGGGAUGUUAGAACCAGAGGGCAGAAUUUGAGUCUAGACAUCCGGAGGGGAAAAUUAACCCUCUGCCGCGUUGGAUGACCAACCGAAGGAACUUUCUGCCUCCCUAUAAUUGCUAAGCCUUGCAGAGGGUCCAUGAAGAUGUAUGGCCCAAAUUAAAAGAACUUUAUGAGACUGGACCCCCGCCUAUUCCUCAUCAAUUCCACCCCGGGGAUUGGGUCCUCGUCAAACGUCAUCGGCAGGGGACUCUGGAACCCAGGUGGAAAGGACCCUUCCAGGUCAUCCUGACAACGCCGACUGCCAUCAAAGUAGACGGAAUCGCCACCUGGAUCCGUUGCACCCACGCCAAACCGGUGGACCCGUUCUCAGACCUCAUCGGACCCUCAAAGACAACCUGGACUGUUGUCCGGACUAAGGACAAUCCUUUAAAAUUGACCCUACGCCGCCAACGGACUGAGCCGUAACUAUGGUACUUGCCCUCCUCUUGAUUGUUCUGCAAAUUCUGUCUGUAGAUCCAAAUCCCCGCAACCCCUAUAAUUUGACCUGGGAAAUUACUAACUUAGAGACUCACGAAAUCUACGACAAAACCCUAGGAACUGCCCCAUUAAAUACCUGGUGGCCAGAUUUAUAUUUCGAUUUAGAAAAAGUUAGUCCACUAGAAGAAAUGGAAGGAGGUAAAUGGAGGCAGCUGCAAAGGAGGGUGUCAAUAAGUAGAAAUGGAUUUUAUGCAUGUCCGGGAUUUAGGACGGGGGUGAUGAAGCAGACAUGUGGAGGGAUCGAAACCCUCUACUGCGCAGCCUGGAGUUGUGUCACCUCCAAUGAUGGGGAAUGGAAGUGGGAAGUAAAACCCCAAUUUAUUGAAA